UUUAAACUCUAAUUUUUUAACUCUCAAAAGAGUUUCUUCUUCUUCUUCUUCAUCACGAACCUCUCUCUUGCAACAAAUCUUCUCAAAACCCUAAGCCCUCUUUUCCAAAUCCUCUACUUAGAUCAUUCACUUCAAUGUCCGUCGACGAUCUUCCUCCGUCUCCCUCGGCUUCCGCCGUUACGCCACUAGGCUCCUCCGUGAUUCCGAUUGUGAACAAGCUUCAAGACAUAUUCGCUCAGCUAGGAAGCAAAUCGACGAUCCAACUCCCGCAAGUAGCCGUCGUCGGGAGCCAAAGCAGCGGCAAAUCCAGCGUCCUCGAAGCACUCGUCGGCCGUGAUUUUCUUCCUCGCGGUAAUGAUAUCUGCACGCGACGACCUCUCGUUCUCCAGCUCCUUCAGACGAAACCUCGCUCCGAAGGUGGAUCCGAUGAAGAGUGGGGCGAGUUUCUUCACCACAAUCCUGCUAAACGUAUCUAUGAUUUCUCCGAGAUUCGCCGUGAGAUUGAGGCUGAGACUAAUAGAAUAUCAGGAGGGAACAAAGGUGUAUCAGAUAAUCCAAUUCGUUUGAAAAUAUCUUCCCCUAAUGUUUUGGAUAUCUCUCUUGUCGAUCUUCCUGGUAUCACUAAGGUUCCUGUUGGUGAUCAGCCAUCUGCUAUCGAAGCUCGUAUAAGAACCAUGAUCUUGUCUUACAUUAAGAACCCUAGCUGCUUGAUACUUGCUGUUACCCCUGCUAAUUCCGAUUUAGCCAACUCAGACGCCUUGCAAAUCGCUGGAAAUGCUGAUCCUGAUGGUCAUAGAACCAUUGGUGUAAUCACAAAGUUGGAUAUUAUGGACAGAGGUACUGAUGCUCGGAAUCACCUUCUUGGAAAAACAAUUCCUCUUCGACUUGGAUAUGUGGGAGUUGUAAAUCGUAGUCAGGAGGAUAUUUUGAUGAACCGUAGCAUCAAGGAUGCUCUUAUUGCAGAGGAAAAGUUCUUUCUUAGUCGUCCUGCUUACAGCGGUCUCACUGAUCGUUUGGGUGUUCCUCAACUAGCAAAGAAAUUAAAUCAGAUCCUUGUCCAACACAUCAAGGCAAUGCUUCCUACUUUAAAGUCGCGUAUCAACAGUGCAUUGUUUGCUACAGCAAAGGAGUAUGAGAGCUAUGGGGAUAUAAGAGAGUCCAGGGGUGGUCAAGGAGCUCUUCUCCUCAGUUUUCUCACAAAAUACUGUGAAGCAUACUCAUCAACCCUGGAAGGGAAAAGUAAAGAAAUGUCUACAUCUGAGCUUUCCGGUGGAGCAAGAAUUCUCUACAUCUUCCAAUCAGUCUUUGUAAAGAGCUUAGAGGAGGUUGAUCCGUGUGAAGACUUAACAGAUGAGGAUAUUCGGACUGCAAUACAAAAUGCAACUGGUCCUAGAUCUGCAUUAUUUGUUCCAGAUGUUCCAUUUGAAGUUCUUGUCAGGAGGCAAAUAUCCCGUUUAUUAGAUCCCAGCCUUCAGUGUGCUAGGUUCAUUUAUGAUGAGCUAAUAAAGAUUAGUCAUCAGUGUAUGAUGACUGAGUUACAGCGGUUUCCUGUCCUGCAAAAACGCAUGGACGAGGUUAUUGGGAACUUUCUGCGAGAAGGUCUUGAACCUUCACAAGCAAUGAUCCGGGAUCUUCUUGGAAUGGAGAUGGAUUACAUAAAUACCUCACACCCAAAUUUUAUUGGGGGAACCAAAGCUGUGGAGCUUGCAAUGCAACAAGUAAAAUCUUCUAGGAUUCCGCAUCCUGCUACGCGGCCAAAGGAUACAGUGGAGCCUGAGAAGGCAGCGUCUUCUGCGAGUCAAAUAAAAACCCGAUCUUUUCUCGGCCGGCAAGCUAAUGGAAACGUCACUGAUCAGGGUGUUCUAGCUGCAGCAGAUGCUGAAAAAUCCGGACCAGCUGGAAACACCUGGACUGGUUUAGCAUCAAUGUUUCGGGGGAGUGAUGUUCAGGCAGCUUCUACAAACAACUUACUAAACAAACCAUUCAGCGAAGCUGCUCAAGCUAUGUAUCAGAACUUGUCAACAAUCUAUUUGAAGGAGCCUCCAACUGUGUUGAGGUCAUCUGAAAAUCAUUCAGAACAGGAGUCAGUUGAGAUUCAGAUAACAAAGCUAUUAUUGAAAUCCUACUAUGACAUUGUAAGGAAGAAUGUUGAGGACUUGGUCCCAAAAGCAAUCAUGCAUUUUCUGGUAAAUUACUCAAAACGUGAGCUGCACAAUGUUUUCAUCGAGAAGCUUUACAGGGAGAACUUGAUUGAAGAAUUGUUGAAAGAGCCGGAUGAGUUAGCGAUAAAGAGGAAACGCACGCAGGAGACUCUUCGCAUUCUUCAGCAGGCUAAUCGGACAUUAGACGAGCUACCUUUAGAAGCGGAAUCAGUUGAGAGAGGUUACAGAAUUGGUUCUGAAGGGAAACAUGAGGAGUUGCCGGGUACAAGAAGAUCAAGGACAGAAACUAAUGGGAACGGACGGUUCUGAUUUGCAGGCAUUUCUCAUUCAUUUGGUGAUGGAAAAGAUUUGUUCUCUCCCCUUGAAAUCGGUUGUGCGUGGGGGAGGUAUAGUGAAACACAUGAUUAACAAAGGUUUUGUUGUUGAGGGUAUUAGUAGCUUAUUAGAAGAUGCAACUUAUACUUGUUUCUCGGAGCCUUGAGAAGAAUAAAUAAAAUUCCUAAUUUCACUCUUCAUACCA